CCCCCGCCAAGGUUUGCUUCAAUUAUGAACCUCCAUUAAUGGAAGUACAAGGAAGUAAAACAGUGCAGUCCAUGUCUGCAACUCAUAAUCUCUUUCACCAUACUCCAGUCUCUUUGGAAAGUACUUUUUGAUUCCUUGGGACUUUGAGCUUCUCUCUUGUAGGAGUACGUCAGCAUGGCUGUGGUUCCAUCAUGUUAUAAAAUGCCAUAUAAAGAUCAAAAUUUUCCAAUUCCUAAGGUAGAAAGACUGACUGAGAAAAGCUUCAUAUGUGGCUGCACUGCUCCCUUAGAGGGUUCUACAUGUUUCUCUUCUAGUUGUGACAACAGAUGCAGGGGGUGGCAUCCCUUGCUUAUUUCUUCUGGUAUCUUAACGAAAGCUGACACCGGAAACAGAGAUAGAGGUUUUAACAGACUGCAAUGGCGUCUUUGGACCUUGACUGGUGUGCAUAACACAAAAUUUCACCUAAGAACCUUAUCCAGGAAAGCAUCGCCAAAGGAAAAUUCAGGGCCUGGUCCUAAUGAAUCACAGCUGAGAUUAUUGGAAUCUUAUUUUGGAAAACGUCAAGAAGAUGCGAAGAAGACUUCUUCAGUUUCUUCGGGCAAGACAGUGGAGUUGCUUGAUGAUAGUGGUGAAAGUAACACAAAGAUGGGGUUGAGCUCUCUAGAUGCUUAUCUUGGCAAACUUGAUGAAGAUUCAAAUUCUAGAAACAAUGUAUCAUCAUCCAUUGCCGGUGGCCAAAACCCUGAAGGCAACCCAGUAGCAACUCCAUUUUCUGUCAGUGAAGAUGUUAAGAUUGACGAGGAAGCAAAACUAAGAAGUGAUGUAGGCUUCAGACUAAGGGAUGUUGGUAGUGGCUCUAAGAGAUCUCAAGCUUUGCAGCAGUAUGAUGAAGCUUCUGAUCUCUACUUAAUAAGUAUAUUGGCUUCCAUAAACAUCGCUGUCUUUCUGUUUGAAAUUGCCACUCCAAUUAGAAACUCUGACUUGGAGCUCUUUUCCCUCCCUUCAUUAUAUGGAGCGAAAAUAAACGAUCUGAUCCUUGUUGGAGAAUGGUGGAGGCUAGUGACACCAAUGUUUCUGCAUUCUGGAAUUCUUCAUGUAGCUCUUGGUUGUUGGGCACUUCUUUCUUUCGGGCCUCAAGUUUGCAGACGUUAUGGAUCCUUUACAUUCUUCUUGAUAUACUUGCUUGGUGGAAUCUCUGGAAACUUGAUAAGCUUUCUUCAUACACCAGACCCAACUGUUGGUGGGACGGGACCAGUUUUUGCUGUGAUUGGUGCCUGGCUGAUUUAUCAAAUACAAAACAAGGAUGUAACUGCAAAGCACAUUUCAGAGAGAAUGUUCCAAAAGGCAAUGCUUGUGACAGCCCUCAGCUUCAUAUUAAGCAAUUUUGGUCCUAUUGAUGACUGGACUCAUUUCGGCGCAGCUUUCACUGGCAUAGCAUAUGGAUAUUUCACAUGCCCUACGCUUCAGCUGGACGAUGCAUCUUCGAGAGCCGGUCAAGAGGAGCAAAUCACACUUGUUGGACGAAAUGCUGAUCCUUGCAAAUCACUCAUUGUGUUUACUGCUUUCAUUCUCGUUUUCAGCUUUCUACUUUUCCUUAUGGAACCCCCUCGCAACACAUUGCCAGUAGAUGACUUUGUGUAGAAGCCGGAAAACAAGAAUGAAACGAAAUCUAUAGCCUAUUUUAUUUACAAUUAUCAUGUAGGGUGAUGGAACCUCACUUUGAGAGAGACCGUAGAAAUAUUGUGCAGAUGGAAUAAGGUCUUGAUAUGAUAUCACUUUUUCCUUUAUUCUAUGCAAACGCCAUCCAAUUUCAUCUA